AUGGAAGUCACUCGAGAUGAGAAAGUUCGAAGGUUGACAACGCUUCUUUACUCUAACGUUUGUCUUCCAGAUUAUGGUCUGGAACGCAUCAGGACCACCGGUGCGCUUACCCCGACAAACAGUCUCCGCCACCGGGCUACUCGAAAGUGUCUGGAAUUCUCACGUGAUCUUGAUGGGAGGUGGUUCACGUAUCAAAUGGUGACUGAUGCUGUGAACAAUCUUCUAUCCGAUUACCAGUUGGAGAUACCAACCAAUACACCGGGUUUCUCACGAGAGAACUGGGUUUCGCAAACGAGUACUACGUUGUUGCAUCUUUUGCAAAGAUCACGCAGAACUGUGGCGGGGUCUGCAUCGAACGACGCCAUGGACACUGCCGAAACGCAGGUUCUCGAUGAAAUGGAGGACUCCCAGGUGUAUGUGGACCCGUGGUCGAGCUCGACGCCGCUGGAUGCUUCGGAGGCGACAGUGCGGAAACGAAGUUCUGGUGAUCUCAGUGUCGACGUGGGAGAGAUCCAGCCCGCAAAACGUCUGCGUUUGAGGCCAAGCUAUACAUGUAUUCCAGAUGUCCCGGACAAUGUGGAUGAGUCUGCUGAAGAUUAUGAAUAUGGCGAUGGCGACAAAAAUGAGGAUUCUGAUUGGAUGGAUGCCAAAAAGUGCGAGCAGUACUUUGCCGAGGAUGGAUCCGAUUUCAAUUGGGAAGAGGAGUUCUGCGCGAAACACGGUGAUCCGGAUGAGGAGCCGGAUGAGGAGCCGGAUGCGGAGCCGGGCGAGGCAGGCAUUUGCCGCCGGGAGAGCAAAUGUGGGCCUUGCCAAUGGUUUGAUGGAGAAUGCUGGCACGAUUCGUCCCGCAGCCCGUGUCCGCAGGAUGAUGAAGCAUGGGACGAGGAUAUGGAUGGCGAGCCGGCCGAUGGAAAAGAUGAGUGGGUCGAGGCGACCGAGCCGGAGUGGAAUGAGACUGGCGAUGCCCAAGAUGAGUGGGCCGAGCCGGCCUGGAAUGAGGCUGGCGAUGCCGAAGAUGAGUGGGCCGAGCCGGCCUGGAAUGAGGCUGGCGAUGCCCAAGAUGAGUGGGCUGAGCCGGUCGAGACCGGUAAUGCAAAAGAUGACUGGGCCGAGCCGGCCUGGGAAGAGACUGGUGAUGAUGAGUGGGCCGAGCCAGGCUGUGCCGAUGAUGCAAAAGAUGAGUGGGCCGACCCGGCCUGCGAAGAGACGGGUGAUGCAAAAGAUGAGUGGGCCGAAGAUCCCGAUGAAGAGCUCGGCGAAGCAGCUGAUUGGACCGACCCGGCCUGGGAAGAGACCGGUGAUGCAACAGAUGAGUGGGCCGAGCCGUUGACUCGUGAUAUCGAGCAAGAGGAAUGGCUCGAGCCGGUCGAGGAGAUUGGCGAUGCCGAUGACGAGGACGCCGAGCCGGCUAAUGAAGAGGUCGCCACGAGUGGUGCAAAGACCCAGGCCGACUCAGAGUGGAUAACGUGGCCGAAAAAGGCCCAAAUGGUGCCCAAAGACUAUCCUGAUGAAGGUGAGAAGGAGCGGCUGGGUCAGUUUUGGAAGAAGUACGUGGUUCGACAGGAGCCCAAUUAA